GGUGAGUGUGCAGUAUCAGAAAGGGACAUUGACUCACCCUGAAAGCCCAACCCUGAUUCUGCAUGAGAAGGGCCGUAUCUACUGCAGCUAAACCGAGAGGAUGUUUAAAUUUCAUCAAAUGAAGCAGAUUUUUCAAAUACUGGAUAAAAUGCGAUACCUGAGAAAACGUUCUGUGGUGUCAUUCUUGGGAGUUCUUGUCAUUUUCCUUCUAUUUAUGAACUUGUACAUUGAGGAUAGCUAUGUUCUGGAAGGAGACAAACAACUUAUAAGGGAAACAUCCACACACCAACUGAAUUCUGAACGCUAUGUUCAUACUUUCAAGGAUUUAUCCAAUUUCUCAGGAACCAUAAAUGUUACCUACCGUUACCUCGCUGCCACACCCUUACAGAGAAAGCGAUAUCUUACAAUUGGACUUUCAUCAGUGAAACGAAAAAAAGGGAACUAUUUACUUGAGACAAUCAGGUCAAUUUUUGAACAAUCCAGCUAUGAAGAGCUGAAGGAAAUUUCAGUGGUGGUUCAUCUAGCAGAUUUUAAUUCAUCCUGGCGUGAUGGCAUGGUCCAGGAUAUUACACAGAAAUUUGCCCACCAUAUUAUUGCAGGAAGAUUAAUGGUUAUACAUGCUCCAGAGGAAUAUUACCCAAUCCUGGAUGGUCUGAAAAGAAAUUACAAUGAUCCAGUAGAUAGAGUCAAAUUUCGUUCUAAGCAGAAUGUGGAUUAUGCUUUUCUGCUUAAUUUUUGUGCCAAUACUUCAGACUACUACGUAAUGCUUGAAGAUGAUGUUCGAUGUUCAAAAAAUUUUUUAACUGCCAUCAAGAAAGUCAUUACAUCUCUAGAAGGAACUUACUGGGUAACUCUUGAGUUCUCUAAGCUUGGAUACAUAGGUAAACUCUAUCAUUCUCAUGAUCUCCCACGAUUGGCACAUUUUUUAUUAAUGUUUUAUCAAGAAAUGCCUUGUGAUUGGCUAUUGUCUCAUUUCCGGGGUCUGUUGGCUCAGAAAAAUGUGAUCCGUUUUAAACCAUCUCUCUUUCAGCACAUGGGCUAUUAUUCAUCAUACAAAGGGACUGAAAACAAGCUGAAGGAUGAUGAUUUUGAAGAGGAAUUUUUUGACAUCCCAGAUAAUCCUCCUGCCAGUCUAUACACCAACAUGAAUGUGUUUGAAAAUUACGAAGCAAGCAAGGCAUACAGUAGUGUUGAUGAGUACUUUUGGGGGAAACCACCUUCAACAGGAGAUAUCUUCCUGAUUGUAUUUAAAACUCCAAUUGUAAUAAAAAAAAUUAAAGUGAAUACUGGGACAGAAGAUCGACAAAAUGACAUUUUGCAUCAUGGAGCCCUAGAUGUUGGGGAAAAUGUUUAUAUUACUAAACAAACAAGACAAUGUGGUACUUACUUAAGACUAGGAGAAUUCAAAAAUGGAAACUUUGAAAUGUCAGAUGUGAAUCAGAAAAUUCCAUUUGAUAUAGUUUGUAUGAGGAUACGUGUUACUAAAACACAAAAGGAAUGGCUGAUUAUUAGGAGUAUUAGUAUUUGGACUUAUUAG